CCGCCACGACCUCCUCACCCACCACCGCGCCUCAGCUCACGCAUCUCUCUCUCAGCUCCGGCAAGCAACACCAGCGCUCUCCUCUCCCCUCGGUUCCCCGCUGCAAUGUCGACUGACGUGGUCGCCGAUGUCCCGGCCCCUGAGGUGGCGGCGGCCGCCGACCCCGUCGUGGAGACCACGGCAGAGCCCGCCGCCGGCGACGCGAAGCCGGCCAAGGAGACCAAGGCCAAGGCGGCCAAGGCCAAGAAGCCCUCCGCCCCGAGGAAGCCCCGCGCCGCCCCCGCCCACCCGACCUACGCUGAGAUGGUGUCGGAGGCCAUCACCGCCCUGAAGGAGCGGACGGGGUCGAGCCCGUACGCCAUCGCCAAGUUCGUCGAGGACAAGCACAAGGCGCACCUCCCGGCCAACUUCCGUAAGAUCCUGUCGGUGCAGCUCAAGAAGCUGGUCGCCUCCGGCAAGCUGACCAAGGUCAAGGCCUCCUACAAGCUGUCUGCCGCCGCGGCCAAGCCCAAGCCGGCGGCCAAGAAGAAGCCCGCGGCCAAGAAGAAGGCGCCAGCCAAGAAGACCGCUACCAAGACCAAGGCCAAGGCGCCCGCCAAGAAGGCCGCCGCCAAGCCCAAGGCCAAGGCCCCAGCCAAGACCAAGGCCGCGGCGAAGCCCAAGGCGGCCGCCAAGCCCAAGGCCAAGGCCCCCGCCAAGACCAAGGCCGCGGCGAAGCCCAAGGCAGCCGCCAAGCCCAAGGGCCGCCCCGCCAAGGCUGCCAAGACCUCGGCCAAGGACGCGCCAGGGAAGAAGGCGCCGGCCGCCGCGGCGCCCAAGAAGCCCGCCGCCAGGAAGCCGCCCACCAAGAGAUCCACGCCGGUGAAGAAGGCCGCGCCCGCCAAGAAGGCAGCGCCGGCGAAGAAGGCCCCCGCCGCCAAGAAGGCCAAGAAGUAGAUCCUUGGAGGAAGAUCCUAGGGCUUGGCGAUAGUUUUCCAGUAGCAGUUUUUUCUGUUCUGUGCUGUUAGUCGGGAUGUCCGGCUGUGUCGACGGUGCUAGACUGUAAAUUUGAAAUCUGGGUUUGGGUGCAGCGGAUCACCGGUGCACCCCUUGGUGUGUGUUGUGAGGAAACGGUGACGACGAUCGCGCUGUAGUAAGCUUAUUAUGUAUUUGUGUAACUGAAUUGGGUAAUUGAAUCUUAAUUUUAGCCCACAAUUUA